AUGCCAUGCAUAAGUGAGUGUUUACAAGGUGGUAUAUGUUCAUUUAAUGAUACAUGUAUAUGCCCACCAUGUUAUACUGGUAAUAGCUGUGAGAUAAGUACUAAUGUAAUAAAAUUUUCGUUGACAUUUGCAAUGAAAUGGGAUAUGCAACAAACUACAUCAAAUUCAAGUUUUAAUACACCAGAAUUUUUUUAUACAGCUGUUGUUGCUAUAAUGUUAUUCAUGGCUGUAAUAAAUAAUAUAGCAUGUUUACAAACUUUUCUUUUACAUGAUAUACGUUCAACUAAUUGUGGUAUGUUGCAAAUAUUUUAUUGCAUAGCAGGUUUAAUUACAAUUAUUGGCAUGCAAUUGAGAAUGUUAACUAUGCUAAAAUUUGAUGCAUUAACAAAUGCUUAUUCUUAUCGAUAUACAGCAUGUAAUAUAAUUCCUGUUGUUGUUAUUCUAAUGGCUGAUAAUUGUAUGUGGUUGAGUUCCGUAUUAAUAAUAGAAUUUGUUCUUUUGGAAUGUUUUAAUUUUAAUAUAUAUCGAUCUCGACGAUUUUCUGUUUUAUCAUCAACCAUUGGUCUUAUAUUAACAAUUGGUUCACAUAUGCAUGAGAUAAUUGCUCGCCGUCCAUUACCUGAUCCUAUGCAUCCGGAUUCAUAUUCAUGUACAUUUGCUUAUACAUUACCAUUAGAUAUCAUUGAUAAAAUUCUUCGUGUAUGUCACGUUAUUAUACCAUUAGCAAUACAUUUUAUUGGUAGUAUCUGUAUGCUUAUCAGUAUAACACGACGUACUUUACUUGUUCGUGAUCGUAAGGAUUAUUUUUCAGUAUUCAUAAGUGCAUGUAUAAAACGUAAACAUUUCUUUGUUCCACCAUUAUUUAUUAUUGUAUCAAAUCUUCCUCAUUUAAUUCUACAUUUAAAAGAUCCAUGUGAAGAUGCUCGUGAUAUAUCACUUCUGCGAACACAUAUUGCUUUUAAUAUUCUUGUUUAUUUACCACCAUCAAUUACAUUUUUAAUUUAUAUUUUUCCAUCAAAUAGUUAUAUGUAUAAAUUUAAGACAACAUUUAUGGGACGUUGUUUCAAACGAAUAUUUCAAAGAAGAAAAGAACAAAAUGCAUCUAGAUGGAAUCAAUUAAGAGCAGUAUCUCGUGAGAAAUUUACUAUAUUUGUAUCGUGUGCAAAACAAAAAUUCAAAAACUAA